CAGAGGUACAGUCAAAAAGAAAAGAAGUGUGGGAGUCGAAGAGAGAGGUUAAGAGAGAAAUGAUCUUAGGACGGAAAUGAAUGGCAAAAGAGAGUAAAGGUAUCAUCAUCGGUACAGAAAGGGCAUAUCGAUCCUCUCGUCUCUCGUUUUCUGUAUUGUCAGUCCCUAGCGCAGUGGGAGCUCAAGCUACACAAGCUGCCGAGAGAGAGAGCAGCUGCGUUGCAAAGGGGUCAACUCUUAAUCGAUAAUGCUAGAAUUAGUAUCGUCGAUCAUGGUGGUGUAGAUACCUGUGCUUUACUAACCUCAAUUUGUGGAAUUUAUUGUUCAAGUUAUGUGUGGUUUUCUUGUCCCGAUGUCAAACGAAGGGAACCGUGUCUCUCUGUCUUCCGCUGAUUGUGCUUUUGGGAAGCUUCCAGAUCAUCUGCUUAUAGAAAUUUUCAUUUGCGUUCCUAUAUCUGAAUGGGGACAUUUGUCUUGUGUUAAGAAACAUUGGGCUCAUCUGUUUCGGCAAGAGUUCUUGUGGAAUGCUGCUCUUCUCAGAACUUUUCCUCUAGCUCGCCACGUUAAGAGAUGGCCAGGGCCUAUUCCUCAAGGCUUGAGCAAAAGGAGAUAUGCUGCACUGUAUCUCAGCAAGCAUAUCUUUGCUCUGGGUGAAGAAGUGGACGACGAGAUUGUUGGUCAUGUCUAUUUAUUUCUCAAAGAGCAGCUUGAAAUUUCGAAAAUGCCACCUUUGUCUGGAGUACUUCAUGGAACCAUCAUAGAUCAGUUCAUUGCCUGUGGUAAGUCGAGGGACAUGGCUCAUGAGCUUGCUUCAAUAAUAUGGCUGGCUGUGAUUGACAACUUGGAAGAGAAUGAACAAACAUUUGAUUUACUGAAGCGUCUUGCAUCAGAAGGGGAUGUGAUCUUACCUUUCCCAUACUCAAGGUCUUAUAAAAUCCAAUCUCGAGUGUUUGAAAGGCUUUUCACAGACUUCCGUGACUGCCUGAAUCAUGUGGAGUACUGUGAUCUUUUGGCAUGUGCCAAGCAAAAGUUUCAACCUAUACCAUCUGCAUGGUUGGGUUACUAGCUUUGCAGCAUACACUUACAAGUGUGUACAGAAUGCAAGUCUACUGCACACAAAUAAAAAAGAAAAAAAAAGGGGGUCCUCCCUGGACAUGCUUAAGACUAAUUGCAGAUAGUGCAAGCGUCUAUUCUGUUCCUGAUUCGUAAUAUGUAAUCUUGCAACACAUGUAAAUAGAACAUGACGGAGUGACAAGACUAUGAAUUAUAAAUGCAUAUUGUAAAGGUUUAUGUUCGAAAUGAAUGUGCUUUCAACCUA